CGAGUUUAUAAGUUUUAUUCGCGAACACCUAAAAAUAUUACAACGCACUUCAGGUAAAUAUGAUGCUAAGAAAACUUUGGAACGUAAAUAUGAUACGACAAGCAAAAUUUCAAAACCAACGCAUACAUACCUAAAUACGGCGACUGCACCUACGCAGCCGGUGUGUUCCCUAUGUAAUACGCGACACGAACAUUUGUAUACAUGCUCAACUUUUCAUAACAUGACCGCUAACGAUCGUUUUAAAUUUGUUAAGGCGAAUAAUCUGUGCGUGAACUGCUUAGGGAAGCACCGAUUAACUGCCUGUAACUCUUCUUCACGCUGCCGCCGGUGUAAUAAUUUACAUCACACCAUGCUACACUUUGAUAACAAUAACAGCGCCGCAGCCACGGGCACCACGUCUGGUGACAGUACUUCACGCACUUUACCUGCUGCCACGCUGCGCAAUGCCGCUUCCACUGUGCGCCUUGCCACUGCCAGCACUUCGGUUGACAGUAGUACCGCUAAUAAAGGGCGAACUUCGGUGAUACCCACGCAACCCCAUGACGUCACAUUGUGUUCCUUAUCUAAUUGUAAUGCUUCCCGCACACCUACUACGGUGUUACUCGCUACCGCACGCGUUGUUGUUUUCGAUACGCAAGGUAGGGAACAUAAUGUGCGCGCUUUAUUGGACAGUGCCUCGCAAAGUAAUUUCGCCAGUCGCAGCUUAUGCCAGCGGUUGGGUUUAGAGACAAACCAGAAACCCUCAUGUUCAGUGGUUAAAGGGAUUGGAGGUACUACUAAGCCAAUUCUAAGUUCGGUUUCGGUGAAAUUCUUUUCCCGCUUUGAUCUCAGUGUGUGUUUUAGCAUGGAUUCGCUCGUAGUCGACAAGGUCACGGAGCGCUUGCCCACUGUGUCUGUGGAUAUUUCGUCGUUGAUCAAUUUUAAUAAUUUACCUUUAGCUGACGAUACCUACGCUGCCCCUGGAGAUAUUGAUUUGUUGAUUGGAGCAUCAAUCUUUCCUCACCUUCUCUUAUCUCGUAAAGUUCAAGGUCAGUCUGAUUGUCUCUCACCGCUCGCUUUAGAGACCGUGUUAGGUUAUGUUAUUGUCGGCUCUGCUCCUGCUCUAGUUGAUAAUCACGCGUCUGUCUCAUAUUGUUGUGCUACAGACCCGCUUGACGCUGCUGUACGUAAAUUCUGGCAGAUAGAAGAAGUAAGCGCCCCGCAACUAUUGAGUCCAGAUGAUAAGGCGUGUGAAGAUAUCUAUAGCAGCACGACUACCCGUGAUACGGAUGGUCGAUACAUGGUCGCGCUUCCAUUUAAAGGGGAUGUAUUUUCAUUAGGUGAUUCGUUUAAGAAAUCUAAAAAUCGCUUUCUUUGUUUAGAACGUAAAAUGCAGGCAUCACCUAAAUUAAAGGAGGCGUAUGAUAACGUGAUUAGUGAAUAUUUAAAUAAGGGUUAUAUUUCUCCCGCUCCUCUAGACACUGAAGAAACUCGGAAUUUACCCUCAUAUACAAUACCUCACCAUGGUAUAAUAAGAGAAGAUAAACUUACUUCUAAAUUACGCAUCGUCCUGGACGGUAGUUCAAAGUCCAGUUCCCAAAUCUCGCUUAAUGACAUUUUAUAUAAUGGGCAAAAUCUGCAAGGAAACUUAUUUCAUAUUAUUGUUAAUUUUCGCUUAUUUCGUAUCGCUCUCUCCGCUGACAUUCGUCAAAUGUUUCUUUGCAUUGGAGUUCGGCCAUGUGACCGAAGGUUCCAACGCAUUCUGUAUCGCUUUUCGCCGCAAGAACCCUUGAAGGUUUAUGAAUUUAACCGCGUUUGUUUCGGACUGAAGUCUAGCCCGUUUCACGCUCUUCGUACCAUAAAGCAACUAGUUUUGGAUGAAGGUGCUUCUUAUCCGCGAGCACAGCAAACAGUCAACACUGGUUUGUAUAUGGACGAUUUUGUCUACAGCAUUGACAACGAAGAUGAGGCUAUUUCCACCGCUGCGGAAGUAAUCGCUUUGAUGAAAGCCGGACAAUUUGAUCUUGUUAAAUGGACAAGCAAUUCACAAAGAGUCUUGGAUUCUAUUACGCCGUCGCAUCGUCUCUCUGCUGUAAAGGAGUUUGAUGACUCUGAUUCGCAUAAGGUACUAGGACUAUGCUGGUCACCCGCAACAGAUAAUUUUAGUCUUAAAAUCUGUACAACCGCUGAAUCAUGUACAAAGCGUACUAUUCUGUCGUGUGUCGCUAGGAUAUGGGACGUCAUGGGAUUUGUUGCACCAGUGGUCUUAUACGCAAAACUUCUCAUAAAACAACUUUGGUUGUGUGAAUGUGAUUGGGAUGAUAUACCACCCGACCACAUCAUUCAACAGUGGUCCCGUUUUAAGGAGGAACUUCCUCUUCUUGGAAAAAUUAAAAUUCCACGACAUGUUGGCAUCGCGUCCGGUGAUGUUGUAACCGUUGUGGGCUUCGCGGAUGCAAGUGAAAGGGCCUACGGAGGAGUUGUGUACUUUCAUGUAAGAGACAGUCAAGGUCUUCGCAAAAACUCAUUUAGUCUGAUAAGCGCUAAAUCUAAAGUGUCACCUCGUAAGGUGGUUUCGCUAGCACGUCUCGAGCUUUGUGCAAUAUUAGUCUUAAGCAACUUAAUUGCUAAUGUAAUUAAUGCUUGUAACAAUCGCAUUAAUAUAGAUCGUGUGUUCGCAUUCUCAGACUCGACUGUAGCUCUUUGUUGGGUGCAUUCUUCGCCCCAUCGUUGGGAUACUUUCGUUGCUAAUAGAGUCUCUAAGAUUCAGAAUGAAUUUCCACCGCGAACAUUUUAUCACAUCGCUGGCCAUGAAAACCCCGCUGAUUGUUUAUCUCGUGGCCUUAGUCCCGCACAAAUCAUUGAUCAUCCGCUUUGGUUCUGCGGUCCUCAAUGGAUUCUAUCAGAUCCAAGUUUUUGGCCUGUUACGGAUUUUAAUCCAUCUACUGUGUCUCAGCCUCCAGAAGUAAAGAAGCAUGUAACUCUUUUCACUGCUGAAGACUGUGAAAAGGUUGAGAAAAGUUUUUUAAUUACGCUUGCCAAUCGUUUUUCAUCUUGGUCAAAGCUUUUACGCAUUGUCGUUUAUAUCUGUCGUUUUGUUAAAUUAUUGCCUCGGCGUAGUACUAUAAUCGCAGCGGAUUUAGAUUACGCUGAGAAUUUAAUACUGAGUGACCUUCAACGGUCCCACUUCUUCAACGAAAUCGCUAGCUUACGUACAGGCAAGCGAUGUACCCCUGCUUUUCAGCGCCUCAAGCCAUUCCUUCAGAACAAACUUCUUAGAGUCGGAGGACGGUUGAGUAACGCUGAUAUAAAAUUUGAUAGUAAGCAUCCACUCAUACUUCCUCGGAAAGGUCAUAUUUUGAAUCUUAUAGUGGAUUACUAUCACAAAUUGAAUUGCCAUGCAGGUCCGGAGCUAUUGAUGUCCAUACUGCGUCAAAAAUAUUGGAUUUUGUCCGCUCGAAAUUUAAUUCGAAGCCGGGUUCACAAAUGUUUACCCUGUUUUCGACUCCGCGCUAAACCAAAUUUUCCUGAAAUGGCCGAUCAUCGCUCCUGCCGAGUUACACCAGUCGCUAAACCCUUCGUACAUACUGGCACUGAUUACGCGGGUCCCUUUAAAGUGAGUAGUUCGCGUGGACGCGGAAUUCGAUCGUUCAAGGCAUACGUAUGUCUUUUUGUGUGUUUAACCACCCGCGCUGUUCACAUAGAAGUUGCAGGUGAUUUGAGCACAGCUAGCUUCCUUGGAGCUUUUAAGCGUUUUCUAUCACGCCGUGGUCCCGUGGCUCGCGUGUACUCAGAUAACGGCACUAAUUACGUAGGCGCAAAGCGCACGCUUUCGGAGUUACACGACUUCUUAGUUUCAAAACACUUUAACUCUGAGUUUGGUCACGUAUUAGCUGAAACUCGCAUUGAUUGGUCAUUAAAUACUCCUGCUGCUAGUCAUUUUGGUGGCAAUUGGGAGACCAAUAUUAAAAGCCUUAAAGCUCAUUUAUACCGGGUGAUAGGUGAUCAAAUUCUAACUUUCGAGGAGUUCAGCACUGUACUUGCACAGAUCGAGGCAGUAAUGAACUCGCGGCCACUGUGUCGCACGCUAUCCAAUGAUCCAUCGGAACCUCUCGCGUUAACACCCGCUCAUUUUUUAAACUUAACACCGCUAAAGUAUCUACCAGCUAGAGAAAUCGAAGAAGAUAGAUUACAUUUGCUUUCGCGUCAUGAGUUAGUUGACAAGCUAGUACAGUCCUUUUGGAAGCGCUGGAAGUCUGAUUACCUUCAUACAUUGCAAAUGCGGAACAAGUGGAACACGCCAGCUAAGCCAAUUUCUAACGGCGAUGUUGUAAUAGUUAUUGUUGACAAUGCACCGCCGCUCCACUGGCCGUUAGGAAUAGUGGAGGAAGUUUUCCCUGGUUCAAACGGUGUUAUACGUGUGGUCCGCGUUCGCACGGCGUCAGGUACCUAUCUACGUCCUGUAGUACGUCUCUGUCCCCUACCUAGCGAAUAGUUACAUUUGUAUAGGUCAUUGGUUAGGUUAGUUAGUUUACAUUUGUAUAAGUCGUUAGUUAAGUUAGUUACUUUAAUAAACUUUUCUUUAGAUCGCUUUUCAUAUCGCUAUUCAUUUACUUUCUAGUUUUUCUUGAAGGCAACCCUUCAAACCCGGGGGAAUGGUUGCGCCGGAUUGUUAUUUUUAUAAUAAUUUUUGAUUUUAAAUAAUGGUUGCUCAAUACAUAUACCCAUCCUAAUAAUUCCUAGACGCAUCUCUCAUCACCCACCUAUUUUGUCCCAAUCCUAUGACGGUACUAGUUCCGGAACGGGCUAUAGGUGGCGCGCACGACGAUGAGUCUCUAAUAAGAAUUAAUUAGUGACAAUUUUGAUGACCCGCGUUAUGGUUGAUUAUUCGCCGCACGCUCGCAACGCUUCCUUUUUCUUUUAAACAUUUAAUUGUUUAUUAUAAAAUUUAACUAUACUUAAAUUCAAUUAACUUUAACUUCAUUAAGUAUAAUUUGUGAAAAGUGAUUGUUCAUUGGUGUACAACAAAGGAAAGAAGCCACUAGAAGAAGCCACGAGGUUGAAGGUACUGUGCCGUCAUCCUUUCUUUCUUUUUCCCAUUGUCCAUUAUUGAGCAAUCAUAUUAGGUAACAAUAAUAAAAAAAUACAGUCCACUAUUUAAUCACUUCAAAAUUAUUUAGCUUAUAGGUAU